AUGGCCCCAGCUGCUGACAUGACUUCUUUGCCACUCGGUGUCAAAGUGGAGGACUCCGCCUUCGGCAAGCCGGGGGGGGGGGUGGGGGGGGGGGUGCGGGGUGCGGGGCGGGGGCCAGACCCCCAGCACCACCGCGGCCACAUGGGCACAGACGAGGAGGGGGCCAAGCCCAAAGUGUCCCCUUUGCUCCUGCCCUUCAGCGUGGAGGUGCUCAUGGCCGAUCACAGGAAGCCCGGGACCAAGGACAGCGUCCUGGCGGCCUCCGAGGGCGCACAGGCGGCGGGCGGCUCCGCGCAGCUUCCAGGUGCCCGGCCCGGGUCGUUGGGCGCCCCGGAUGCGCCGUCCUCGCCGCGGCCGCUCAGCCAUUUCUCGGUGGGAGGACUCCUCAAACUAACACAAGAUGCGCUCGUCAAAGCCGAGAGCCCCGAGAAACCCGAGAGGACCCCGUGGAUGCAGAAUCCCCGCUUCUCCCCGCCCCUGGCCAGGCGGCUAAGGCCUCCGGCCUGCACCCUGCGCAAGCACAAGACCAACCGCAAGCCGCGGACGCCCUUCACCACUGCCCAGCUGCUGGCGCUCGAGCGCAAGUUCUGCCAGCAGCAGUACCUAUUCAUCGCCGAGCGCGCCAAGCUCUCCAGCUCGCUCAGCCUCACCGAGACGCAGGUGAAGAUCUGGUUUCAGAACCGCCGUGCCAAGGCCAAGAGACUGCAGGAGGCCGAGCUGGAGAAGCUGAAGAUGGCCGCUAAACCCAUGUUGCCCCCCGCAGCCUUCGGCCUCUCCUUCCCACUCAGAGGCCCUGCCGCCGUAGCAGCCGCCGCGGGCGCCUCGCUCUACGGGGCCUCUGGCCCUUUCCAAUGCGCCGCGCUGCCCGUGGCGCCCGUGGGACUCUACACAGCCCACGUCGGCUACAGUAUGUACCACCUGACAUAG